GGUCCUUGUCGCGAAUUGGCGUUCCCAAGUUUUCUUUUCUUUUCCGACAAGCGCCUGAUGAACCACACCAUAAAAACUUUAAAAGUUCGCGAUCUGGAUGAGUGUGAGUUGAGGUGUUACUACGAGCACAAUUGUGUCAGUCUUAAUUUUGAAAACAAAAUGGUUGGAAAUGGAAAAUGCAGCUGUGAAUUGAACAAUUCUACACACGGAGAACACGAUGAAGACUUUGUGGAGGCACCAAAUUUCCUUUAUCGUGGAACAAACGUAAGAUCAUUAAAUUCUAACGUUAUCCAGCUACAGUCUCCAAGCCUAUUAAUACCAUAACCCAACGCCUCGUCCAAAGGGAAAUGGCUGGAGCUCACCCUUUGGGCUUGACUGUGUUACAAUAUUUUGCAAAGAUCAAAAAUUAAGGAGAUAGUUUCUGUUUGUGAUAACUGCCCGGGAUCAUGUGAAUAUUAUGGAAUUUGACGCGCUGAGGGCCGGGUACGUCAUUUAUGAUGGCAGCCGAGUUGGCCGUCAUAUUGGAUGUCAUUGAAAAUUCAGGUUUAUCGCAAUGGAGUAAACGCAAACCAUCUUUCUUUUGAACCCCCCGCCCCCAACUAAAUCUGACAACUACACUAGGUCUCUUCCUUUCGCCAUUAAACACCUAUAAACAACGCCCCCUUAUGUAUGUAAGACGGGCUAAUCCCUAAACCCGACGCUUAGAGUUGGGCUCGGACUGACAAUCUUUACUCACUUUCCUUGAAUCAUGAUAAGGCGGACACCUCUAGCAAAGGUUUAGAAAGGCUCAGAAGUAUAAAGCAAUAUCUCUUUUCCAUAAUAUUUUCCCCAGAAUCCUUGUGGUAGUUCUCCAUGCAAAAAUAACGGGACUUGUCAAUCAGGAUUUACCAAGAAAGGAUAUCACUGCUUGUGUCGUCGAGGUUGGACAGGUGAAAGAUGCCAAGAUGGUAGGUCUGAAAAAUGAACUAAAUGAACGCAGUAGUUAUGAAACCACGCAAGCUGUACCGCACUUAAAAGGAAGAAACCACAUGUGAGAACAUUAAUUUGAAAAAAAAGUAUAUAAUCCGCUGUAAUAUUAGCCCUGCCAUUGUCGACAAAACCAUCACAAGCGCAGGGCCUUCCAGACGGAAGCAGCAUUUUCAGGAGCUCGUGCAUUGAUGAAAGACUUUUCCUUUCACUUUGGAGUGGAUUCAGGAUUUGCGGCACGUUUCUCUUUACUUUCACCUUCGUUUAGCCUAAAAUUCUCGAUCUGAGUUAUAAUUUGAAGUUGAGUUAAUUUUCGGGGGACCGUUGACCUGCCGUGUAAACGAGACAGUUCCACUGUCCAGUCAUCGUUUUCUUUGCAAAGUAAAGAUAUUAACGAAUGUGAUGAAAACAGUCACGAGUGUAGCCAGAACGCAGAUUGUACAAACACAAAGGGAUCUUACAGAUGCAACUGCAAGACUGGAUUCUAUGGAGAUGGAUACAACUGCACAGGUAUC